AUGUCUUCUUUUCUAAAUGUAUAGAAAACAAUAAAUUAAGAAAAAAAUGUGGCGUUAUCUAAAUAAAUAUAAAAGAAAAAGCGUAAAAAUCAAUACACUGUAGAAUUUAACUUUGGCAGUAACAUAGAUGUUUCUUAACUUAAAGAAAUUAUAGUUAUAAAUUAAAAUAUACCUCAAUGCAUUCCUCAAAAUAUCAUCUUUAGACUGAAUUCUAAUAUAUAAUUCCCUAAUACUGUUGAAUCUCAAUAUUAGUUAGGAUUUUUGAAUAUUGAUCCUCAUUCUUAUAAUUAUAAAGUAGCUAGAUACGACAAAUACAAUAGCUAUCACAUUUUUAACUUAGAAACAAUUCACAGGCCAUAUACAUCAUUUGAAAUAAUUAAAGAAGUCUUAAUGAAAGAAGAUGCAUCAUUGUUUGAGAGCUUUGAAUAAUUUCAUAAAAAAAAUACUGACAUCUCUAAAUACAAUAUCGUAAAUGAAUCAAACCUUAUUGAAUUUGAACGUAACAUUCAAGGUCCAUUUACAUUAUAUAUCUAAAAGAAUAAAAAUGGAGUUAUCACUACAACAGCUAGAGUAAUGAAUGAUGCCUACCUCUAAAUGAUAGGAGUUAAUGAAGAAAUACUUAAGGAUUAUGUAUUUUAGACAGGAAUGCUCCCAUAAUCUUUUGCUGGUGAUGGAAAUCCUAGAUGGAGUUAAACUUUAGCCAUAAUUUUUAAAUGUAAUGCUUCCAUGACCUUUGGACAAUUAAUGCUCGUCAAUUAUUAAGGGUAAAAGUUUCCUGUCUAUAUGAAAUCCUAAAACUUUUAUCUAUUCAACUAAGAGGACAACUCUUACACAGAAUACCUUUACUAUUUUUAUGAAGUUGAUUAGAAGUGGAUAAAUAAUAAGCAGAUUGAAGAAAAUAGCUUAGAUUACUUCAAUAGAAAGUCAAUAAGUAACAAUGAAGACACAAACGAGGUUGAGUAUUAAAAGAGAUGCGGAUUUAGAAAAUUAUGA